AUGCCGAGCGAUUUCAACAUGAACCACGAGCCUCUCACGGAGAUCAGCUCCCUCCGCACGUCUCGCCGGCCGUCCUCGCUGCACCGCCGCAAGUCGAAGAUCGGUGGCCGCACAGUUCUCUAUAUUCCCUACCGAGAGCGCGUGUUCAUCGCCCUCGCUGCGGUGAUGCAGGUGGCCAUCCUCGCCCUGCUCAUCGCCGCCGUCGUCACGGAUAUCUUCAAGGUCGACGGCACCAGGGCCAUCAGGAUCGGCGCAGACCUGAGGGCCGUGAGCGCAGGUCUCAACGUGUCGGUCACCGAGGGCUCGAGGCCGUUCUGCUACUCGCUGUGGGGCGCGCGAAGGUGCGGCUCCGCCUCCUUCUACACGCAGAAGUGGUACACUGCGCGUGGUAUCGCGGACAAGGGCUUCCCGUCGCCAGUGACCCGCACCAUGAUGCUCGGUGCGGCCGCGUUCACUGUGCUGGCUGUAUGCUACUCCCUCGUCAACAUAAUUGGCAUUGCCCUUGUCGUGUGCCUGCAGAACUACACGGCCGUGCUGUGCGCGUGGUCCUUCUCCGUGUGGAUCACCAUCCUCAUCUCCUGGGCCCUCAGCGUCGGUGUGUACGCUGGCAGCAUCCUCACCAUGAACAGCACCACCAUCGUCGGUCGCAAGGUGCGCGUAAAGGACUACUGCGACUUCUCUUCGUCCUUUGCCCUGUCCAUGGCCGCUUUCGUCCUGCACGCUCUCCAGUUCACCUUCACCGUGCUGUACGUGCACAUGUUCGAGAGUCGCAUGAAGUCGCUGGUGACUGAGCAGAAGCAGCUCAACGAGGCACCCCACGACCGCUCCUAG